GAAUUGCGUGUUCUGUCAGCCAGGUCAGUUGGCUAAGUUUUGGUUUGGUUGAAGACAAGAACUCUACAUUUGGAUUAUUUACAGGUCAACAAUUUCUAUAAAAUUAGUGUUCGCAUUGAAAUAUUUGAAACUGGAGAUUCUGUUACUGAAUAUUGAGGAUCUGUCUCUUCGUCCAUGUUUGACUUCAGUUUUUUACGUGUGUCAUCAUAUCAUUGAAACUGAACAUAAUAAAUGCCAGGAACAGGUGCAACUAAUGUCAAAGAAAUAGGCGAUGGUACAUCGAUAAAUUUCCGACCAUCUCCAAACUUCAAACACAUGAAAAAGUACUUGAAGUCCAAGUUUGAAGAAGAAGCAUGUCCGGUAGUUUCGGCUCCGCGCCCAAAUUUAAACCAGGAACCUGGUCAAGUCCAGAAGAAACCAAUAACUGUACAGGCUAAAAACAAAGGAAAAUCUCCUCAAGUCAAUAAAGCAGUACCUAACCAAGUUAAUAAACCUACUACCCAGGUUCAGAAUAAACCGAUAACUACCCAAGUUCAGAAUAAACCGAUAACUACCCAAGUUCAUAAUAAAUCAAUAACUACCCAAGUUCAGAAUAAAGCAAUAACUACCCAAGUUCAGAAUAAAGCAAUAACUACCCAAGUUCAGAAUAAACUAAUAACAACCCAAGUUCAGAAUAAACCAAUUACUACCCAAAUUCAGAAUAAAGCAAUAACUACCCAAGUUCAGAAUAAAUCAAUAACUAUUCAAGAUCAGACCAACAAGGAAAAAACUAUUCAAAUUACCAACAAACCAACAACUAUCAAAGUUCAAAACAGAACAAAAACUAGCCAGGAUUAUGAUAAACCGACAGCUACUGUUACAAGUCAAUCUUAUAAUAAACCAACAGCUACUGUUACAAGUCAGACUUAUAAUAAACCAACAGCUACUGUUACAAGUCAGACUUAUAAUAAACCAACAGCUACUGUUACAAGUCAGACUUUUAAUAAACCAACUGCUACUGUUACGAGUCAAACUUAUAAUAAACAAAAUGUUGUGGUUCAGCCGCCACUACCUCCUGAUCCGCCUCCACCAACAUAUGCCCCGAAUGUGGUCUUCAAAAAAGAAAUCGUGGACGAUGGGUAUGAAUGCCAUGCCAGUGCAAUCACUCAACCGAAACAAGAAGUAGAUGAGCAAGAAGAUAAAUCGAAAAUCGUGAAGCAAUUAGAAGAAAAACCAAAAAAGAAGGAAUUAUGCAGGGAUUUUGCAAGAGGCAAUUGCACGUGGAAUCCAUGCAAAAAAAGCCACGAAAUGGAUCUAACGCAACUUGACAAAGUUUACGACUUUUGUAUAGACUUUGCAAAUGAUAAAUGUAAAAGGCUUAAUUGUAGAUUUGUUCAUGCAACAACAUUCGAAAAAGAGAGUUAUUUUCGGACUGGUUACCUGCCGCCGCAUCUGCGUCCGCAAAUACCGAGCAAGAAAGGACGCGGGCAGCAGCAGCAACAACAACAACAACAACAACAGCAGCAACCACAACAGCAGCAACAACAACCAUUACAGCCGAUGCUUGACGCUAACGCGCAAGCUAUGCAGCUUCCUGUCUUUCCGGUUGUUGGAAGCACCCCAGAUUAUCGUGCCAGUUGCGGGGCACCUCUUUCACAAGGAAUGACGAUGCCAUCGAUCACUAUUGAUCCAGGAAUGGCGUACAAUGUGUUUGCGCCGCCGCAGCCUCCCCCGCCGCCCUCUACUCCGCCCAUUGCACCAGAUUGGAGUGAAUAUUCAACCGUACAAGAAUCAACUCCAAGGAAAUGUGGGAGAUGCGAGAUAAGUGAAAGAGAAUAUCAAGAAAGUUUACUAGAAGUAGAGAACAUAGAAAAAUCAACACAAGCUAUAAAAGAUCAAAUUGCAGCGUUAGAUCAAAUGAAAACAAAGUUACUUGCGGUGCUCACCAAAGUUUUGUGGAAAGAUAUGCCGAACUAAAAAGUGAUAGCACGGAUGGCAUUGUGCGACAAGAAACAAGACGAUGUAGAAGUUUUGUGGAAGGACAGGAGGAAAUGGAAACAUGUGACAGAUGUUAAUAAAUGUGUAUAAAAUA